ACAACCACACACACGCUUAUUACCGCAUAGCUGGCCAUAUUAGCAAAUGCAUCAUAACGCAGAGAAAAAUCCCAGCUGGGUCGAGAGAUGUCAGCCUACAAAGGACACAAUCUCUCUUCCUCAAAUUCCGCCCCAAAAUGUCCUUUCCCAACAGCUCUCCUGCCGCUAAUACUUUUUUAGUAGAUUCUCUCAUCAGUGCGUGCAGGAGUGACAGUUUCUACUCCAACAGCGCCAGCAUGUAUAUGCCACCUAGCACAGACAUUGGGACGUAUGGGAUGCAAACCUGUGGACUCCUUCCGUCUCUGGCUAAAAGAGAAGUUAAUCACCAAAAUAUGGGUAUGAAUGUACAUCCUUAUAUACCUCAAGUAGACACUUGGACAGACCCGAACAGAUCUUGUCGAAUAGAGCAACCUGUUACACAGCAGGUCCCCACUUGUUCCUUCACUACAAAUAUUAAAGAAGAAAGCAAUUGCUGCAUGUAUUCCGAUAAGAGAUCCAAACUCAUUUCUGCAGACGUCCCUUCCUACCAGAGGCUGGUGUCUGAAUCAUGCCCCAUUGAGAACCCCGAGGUUCCCGUCCCAGGAUAUUUUAGACUGAGCCAGACCUACGCCACUGGGAAAACCCAAGAGUACAAUAAUAGCCCUGAAACGAGUUCAACUGUAAUGUUACAGUUAAACCCUCGCGGCAGCUCCAAACCGCAGAUAUCUGCUCAACUUCAGCUGGAAAAGAAAAUGAAUGAAAACCCGAACAACCAAGACAGCACCGCUAAAGUCUCUCAAGUGGAAAGUCCCGAGCCCAAGUCCACGUUGCAAGACGAGCGGAGCUGCCUGCCCGAAGGCUCCGUGUCCAGCCCAGAAGUCCAGGAGAAGGAGAGUAAAGAGGAAAUCAAGUCUGAUACUCCAACAAGCAAUUGGCUAACUGCAAAGAGUGGCAGAAAGAAGAGGUGUCCUUAUACUAAACACCAAACACUGGAAUUAGAGAAAGAGUUCUUAUUCAAUAUGUAUCUCACUCGAGAGCGCCGUCUAGAGAUCAGUAAGAGCGUAAACCUCACUGACAGGCAGGUCAAGAUUUGGUUUCAAAACCGCAGAAUGAAGCUCAAGAAGAUGAGCAGGGAGAACCGAAUCCGGGAACUGACCGCUAAUCUGACCUUCUCUUAAACCCUAACCCCGGGGGGGGGCACCAGUGAGGAAUGGGCACAGCACCGCCACUUGCUAAAGGCAGGAGAGACUCUGGCAAAACCCGGCAUUUUCCAGUUUUGUUUUGUUUUGUUUUGUUUUGUUUUUCUGAUAGAAUGUGACUCUUCGUCCUUCUUUUAGCGCUGCAAGUGAAUAUGUAUUACUAUGAUGAGUAUAUAUAAAACCUAGCACGUGUAAUUUAUUUUUGUUCUCAUCGUAAUGCAGGGUAACUAUUAUUGAAUAUUAUCAUUUGGUCUUAACUUAUUGGAACUGUCGAACAUCCAAGCAAUGUGACUUUUUCAUGUUUUUACUAACAAAAUGGUAUUUAUGUGGGGCUGUUACACGGGCCAUAACGU